UUCCUUCAAAACCUCGUAGCCUCUCUCCCUCGGCACUCGAAAAUUAAAUUUUCACCCAAAUCCACUUCCACUUUUUUCCUUUCGAUCUUUCUCUCUCCUCCUUGCAUCAAUUCACUAUUCAUUCUGCAAAUUUCAAAUAAAAAUUUCACCUAUAUUGAUCGAAAACUCUCGAUAUCACCCGCAUGAGAAAUCCAUGCAUAUAUUUUACGUGCAUUUUGCACACAUGAUUCGCAUGCAAUAACUAUAUGUGUACGUAGAAGGCCGUAUAUAUAAAUCGGUUAAUAUGGCGGGUAGUUAUAAUUAUUACAAGAUGUUCGGUUGUUUUAAUCGAAAGUUUAAAAUGACCGCCAUUGGCCCACCAACGGACGUUACAGAAGCGUUUAACGUUUAUUCCGAUGGUGGGACUCAAUUAACGUCCGAUCAACUUUUACGAUUUUUGGUUGAAUAUCAAGGAGAAAAGGAUUGCACAAUCAUGGAUGCGGAAGAGCUAUUGCAACAUGUUCUAAAUCAACGGCACCACUUGGUUAAGUACACUCGGCAUUCCCUUGAUAUUGAGGAUUUCUUCUUCUUUCUGUUCCAUGAUGAAAUCAAUGCUCCUAUAGGAGCGCAGGUACACCACGAUAUGACUGCUCCGUUGCAACAUUAUUUCAUAUACACCGGACACAAUUCUUACCUAACUGGAAACCAGCUAAGCAGUGAUUGUAGUGAUAUUCCGAUUAUAAAUGCUCUUGAACGAGGUGUGAGGGGAAUAGAGCUUGAUUUAUGGCCAAAUUCAACAAAAGAUGAUGUCCAGGUUCUUCAUGGAAGGACCCUGACUACUCCGGUGAGGCUUGACAAAUGCUUCCAGUCCAUCAAACAGCAUGCAUUCAUCAAAUCUCCUUAUCCUGUUAUAGUAACUUUAGAGGACCACCUAAACCCGAGCCUUCGGGCAAAAGUUGCAGAGAUGGCAAUUCGAAUUUUUGGAGAACUUCUCUAUUACCCUGAGCCGGGAUGCUUCCAUGAAUUCCCUUCUCCCGAAGAAUUGAAACAUCAUAUUAUUCUUUCCACCAAACCACCAAAAGAAUAUCUUGAAUCAAAAAAUGAUAAGGAUAGUGCUUCGUCAGUGAAAAAAGACAUGGCAAUAGAAGAGUUGUGCAAUAAGAAUGAUACACAACCAGAGACACCGGAAAGUAGCUACACUCUGGGUGAAGACAAUGAUUUCCAAGAUCAAACACCUAGCCAGCUUGAAGAACCUGAAAUUAAGAUUAUGGAUGCUAUACGAACAGAUGGCCGCACGGGGAGUGAUAGUGAUGCAGAUGAUACAUGCAGUCAGAAAAAUUCCCAGCAAGGGACACCAGGGAUUAAGGGUCAGUGUGUAAUUCAAACACCUGACAAGCAGGGUCAGCCUAAUGAAUUUGCCGAAGACUUCAAUGUAGACUCCGAGACAUCGAUGCAGCUUGACACACCUGAUAUACAUGAUAAAGAUAAGCUAUCAGAAUUCAGUAAACAUUGUCAUCUUGGGGAUGCUAAUGAACAUGAUAAAGCAGGGACUUCAGAAUGCAACAAAUCUAGCCAGCUUGGGGCAACUGAUGAGCCUAAGGAAGGUGGGACCACAGAAGGCAAUAAAUCUAGUCAGCUAGGGGAAGCUGCUGAACAUACUGAAGAUUGUGGAACAGAAAACCAAAAAUCUAGCAAUUUAGGUGAAUCUGAUAAAGAUACUAUUGUGGAUAACCAAGAUUCUAGCCAACAAGGGACAACUGAUAAACAUUCGGAAGACUGCAAAACAGAAAUUUACCAAUCUGACCAGCUUGGGGAAUCUGUUGAACAUUCAGAGGACAACAGUAUAACGAGCAAAGAUCUUAACCAAAUUGAAACACUAGAAAAAGAAAAUUGUUCUGAAGCUAAAGAUCGUGAUUCUAAUAAAAAUGAUGAUGGUCCUGAUAGUCACCUUGCUAACGCCAGACCUCGCCAGCUUGUACUAAUUGGAGGCAAGCCUCUCUCUUCACUUCUUGAAGGUGGUGAAUUGAACAAUGAAGAUCAGGCUACUGGGGACAAUGAUGCCAACAAAUUCCAACUUACUGCAUCAGCAUACAAGCAUCUCAUUGCAAUACAUGCAGAUAAACCGAAGGAUGGAUUAAGGAGGACACUAAUAGUUGGAGUUGAUAAGGUUAGGCGUCUUAGUUUAAGUGAACAGGAACUUGAAAGAGCAGCUGAAUUGUAUGGAGCUGAUAUAGUUAGGUUUACACAAAAGAAUUUAGUGAGGGUGUACCCAAAAGGGACUCGCGUAACAUCAUCAAAUUUUAGGCCACUAACUGGGUGGAUGGUCGGAGCCCAGAUGGUCGCAUUCAAUAUGCAGGGAUAUGGUAGAUCACUAUGGUUGAUGCAUGGAAUGUUUAGAGCCAAUGGUGGUUGUGGUUAUGUGAAAAAACCAAAAUUUCUGAUGAAGAAAGCCCCAAAUGAGGUAUUCGAUCCUAAAGCAAAAUUGCCUGUGAAGACUACUUUAAAGGUAAAAGUAUACAUGGGGGAUGGAUGGCGUCUCGAUUUUAGCCACACACACUUUGAUGCAUACUCACCACCAGAUUUUUACACAAAGGUUCGUAUUGUUGGAGUUCCUGCGGAUAUAGCAAAUAACAGAACAAGAGUUAUUGAGGAUGAUUGGACUCCUAGUUGGGACGAGGAAUUUGAGUUCCCUUUGACAGUACCAGAGCUAGCAUUGCUUCAGAUAGUUGUUCAAGAGUAUGAUUUGUCCGAAAAAGAUGACUUUGGUGGGCAAACAUGCUUGCCUGUGACAGAACUGAGACCUGGGAUCCGAGCAGUUCCACUUCAUGACAAAAAGGGUAUAAAAUAUAAAUCUGUAAAGCUUCUUAUGCGGUUUCAGUUCGUAUAAAACAGGAAUCAAAUGCAUUUGCAUCUGUUAUUACUUACUAGUGAUUGAUUGUUUCAUCACUUUUCUCUCUUAUACAGUGUAGUUACUAGUUAGGUGACAAAAGAGG